CGGUAGCCAGCCAGCUACUACAGUAACUAGUUAGCUAGCGUUAGUUGACUUGCUAAGUUAGUUAACUAACUAUCAUUUAAACCUGAAGUUAGCUAGCUAGUUUACUAGGCUUAGGUACGGCAAACCAUUACAAAUUGAAAUGUAUUCGACACUAUCGUGGCUGUCAACACAUCACUAGCUUGCUCGGUUUCCCUUUCCCAUCUAACCUUGUUAACGUCACACACAAGUUGUUAAGGGAAUGGACUGUCAUCAAAUUGGCGAUGGACGAGGCCCUGUAACCAAUUUAGCGUGUUAAAAAUCUACCACCAUAAUGUACAAGUCAAAUUAUUUGAUUGGUUUCUAAAGCAGAUAAUGGACAACCUUGCUGGAUCAGUUCUGACCUCUGCGAGUUAGCUACAGUAUGUUGACAAGCUGUAUUUGGCGUAGCCUGGAGAUCCGACGUUAGAUUCAACGCCGGGCAUCAUUGAGUGCGGAUUAGGAAAGUUUCCUCUCACGACCUUUUACAAGACAGAAUGUUGAAUCAAAUGAUAUUUGAACUUACUUUACCUGUUUUUGCAGGUAGGAAUGAGAUGCACAAUGUCCACAGAAAAGUAUAAUUACAAACUUUUCAAAGUGCUGGGAGUGCUGUUCAGAUUUCUAUCACCUGAAGCAGGGGUCCCCAACCGAGGGGGCACAAUGUUUCGUUGGGUGGCAAGGGACCUUGUUUGUUUUGAGGGGUACAUUUUAGAUUUUUAUAAUUCGCGAUUGUUUAUACCGAUCAUGCUUUAGGCUAGAAACAAGCAGUGAAAUGCCAGAGGAAGACAUGACGCGGAUGCACAUGGGAAUAUCAUUGGUUUGUCUCUGUCAUUCAGAAGCUGACCUACAAAAGGACCAACCGCACAGACAACUGGUAAAGUGUGAGCUGCGACGCGUGUUUGAAAGGGAACUUCCGGGGGCGGCGGUACAAGUGUUUAAUUUGCUACGACUACGACCUGUGUGCGUCGUGCUACGAGGGCGGAGCCACCACCACAAUACACACGGCAGAGCACGCCAUGCAGUGCAUGCUAACCAGGGUCGACUUCGACCUGUAUUAUGGGGGAGAGGCCUUCUCGGUGGAGCAGCCCCAGGCUUUCACCUGUCCCUCCUGUGGCAGGAUGGGCUAUACGGAGACGUCUCUCCAGGAGCACGUGACUGCAGAGCACACAGAGACCUCCUCAGAGGUGAUCUGUCCAAUAUGUGCUGCGCUGCCUGGCGGAGACCCUAAUCACGUGACGGACGACUUUGCUGCUCAUCUUACACUAGAACACAGAGCACCCAGAGACUUGGAUGAGUCCAGCGGGGUGCGGCACGUUCGUCGGAUGUUCCACCCGGGUCGGGGUCUGGGGGGGCAGAGGGCCCGGCGCUCCAACAUGCACUUCACCUCCUCAACCUCCGGGGGGGGCUCUACACAGAGCUCCAACCACAACAGGGAGGCCAUGGAUCCUAUAGCAGAGCUGCUGUCCCAGUUGUCAGGGGUGCGUAGGUCGGCGGGCGGCCAGCUGAGUUCGGGUCCUUCAGCCUCCCGGCUACAGCAGCUCCAGCUCCAGCUGGAUCGGCAGCAGACCCAGGCUGCCAGACAGCAGUUGGAGACGUCCCGGAGCACCUCGCAACGCGGCAGCCGCACCUCCACCCACGCAGGGCUGAACGCCAACCCCAACCCUGGGCAUCACAACGCCAACCCUGGCUCCAACUCCUUCAACAACCCUAGUCCCAACCCGGUGCAGCACGUGUCCAACACACACACACAGAACAGCAACUCCCAGUUCCUUCUCAACAGACUGAGCGAGGAGAGGUUGUCGGAGGCGGAGCUCCAGCUGAGAGAGGGCCAGUGGGCGGACCGCUCUCUCUUCGUCACGGAGCUCCUCCUCUCCACCCUGAUAGCCAAUUCCGACAACAGCGAAGACGACGAUCUCCAUGACUGCCACGACGCCGUGACGCGAGGCUCGGACGCCUUCGCUGCCUUUGGAGACAUGGGCUGCGUGGAGGUCAUGACCUUAGACGUGGCGCUGGAAAACCUCAACCUCCGAGAACAGAAGAAUGCGCAGCAGCCCCUGGCUUUACCGCCACUUUGACCAAACCACCCAACGGAGAAGAAAAUACUUUAGGUCUCUUCGGCUUUGGUUCAUGUUUUAUGUUUCGGAGUGGGUGAUUGUCAUCUCAUCUGUCACCCCCCCUCGUUCUAUUACGUUGUGUACUUGACAGGACCCGGAGGAGAGAAUAUGAACGUGAGAGAGCGAGUGUCGUGAGCAAGAGCAAUUGAACAAUAUAAUAAAUGUUUAUGAAAGAAAGCCGAUAAUCAACUCCACAUGAAGCCGUGUUUGACAGCUUGCCCCCAGCAGGUGAACGUAGGUAGUGGAUUGAUAAUUUAUUUUCAGAAAGGAGUCCUCAGACACACAGGAGGAGGAGGACAGACGGAUGAUCUCAGUUGCAUACUCCUCUCUCCUGGUCUCCUCAAAACCCAUUGGAUAAGAAGGCCAGAGGUCCCUCCCCUCGGCACAUCCUCCAAUGGGUUUAGAGAUGGAGAGAGGAUGUGAGGAGGAUGCAACUGAGGUCUUCUCAGACUCCUCUAUGCCGCUGUGUUUCUGGAUAAAUAAUAAAACCUGAUUGGAUGGUUUGCCACAACCAAACGUUGGUACGUCCAGAUUCUUCACCACACAAUGUGCCCCCCUUUUCUCGACUCCAGUCACUGUUCCAUAUUAAACUGCUAUCUAAAUGGGGAGUUGGGUACCAUCAUAGAGAUUAAACUUGUCUGUGAUCCUGUAGGAUGGCAUAUAUGUUCGGUCUAUGGGUAUCUUCCUAACCUGCUCUAUCAAUAUAGGGGGCGUUCAAUUCUACACAAAUGAUUCUCUCCUCAAGACUGUUGAUUGGAUGGUUUUAAUUCCUCCCCCCCUACCCCGUAUGACAUCACUUAAUGGGGCCAUGUGACCUUGCUUUUUAUGCCAACUGAACUGUGGAUCCUUUUUGAAUUGCAUAUCCAGUGAAGCUUUAUACAGUAUGCAUAACGCUACAUAUGAGGCGAUAGAAGAUUCACAUACAAGACCGGUGGAAGGCGUGUUAUAGAAUCAGUUUUUCCUUUUCGAUCACAAUGACUGAUUAUAUGGGGGGAGUAGCAGACAGCGCAGCACUUCUUUAUGACUUUGAAGACCUGAUGCCGUUCUCUCCUGCCAGUUUACAUAGUUUUUCCCUGACUGACGGUAUUCCUCUCCAUUGCAAAGAUGUUGAUCCACCACAGUGUGACUGGAGAGAAUCCUGUAUGCUCUCUCUCUCUCUCUCCAUUGGUUGGUUUCUCUGCGUGAGAAGACCUUUGUAUGCUUCCAAUGCUACCUUAACAAAUGCAAUGUAUGAUGACAUGUUUUUUUUGGGGCAUUUGGAAAAGGCUAAAAGACAGGGUAAACUGUUCAACUUGGGGGACAAUAAAAUAGUUUUGGAUGUAAAAUGAACUACACCAA